CUGGCCAUCUCCCAGCACAGCGGCGCGGGUUCAAAACAUGCUAGCGCUUCUGCGAGGACUGGCGAGAUCCGAGGCACAAAUGAACGCCUUCCCACAACCCGUGAGAGCUCCGCGCUUCGCAUCCUUCCACCAGCCUCGCGGCCUGCACCUGCGCGGCCUGGCUGGCCACUUGAUCGCGCCGUUGCCCCCCAGGGCCCUGCUGUCAGGCCGGCAGCAUGCCGCGGGUAUUGGAUGCCGCCUCUUGGGCCUGUCAAACGGGUUCCUGCACCAAGAUUCCUUCCAUGCGCAGUUCUGUGUGCCAGUCACUGGUCGAUUCAACCGACCUCAUCAGUCGCAGGCAGUGGCAGCCAGGAAGGCAUGGCAGGUGGGGCGGGAGAAGGUGAGCUAUGACACGUUCUUUACCAUGAAGAGACUGCUGGAGCGCUCCUGCAGCCCAGAGGAGGUGUUGCGCUGGUUGGCACAGAAUCCUGGAAAAGUCGCUCCUAGCCAUUACCCAGUGGCCCUGCAGAGGCUCGGCCACAUCCUACAACACCAGCAACAGCGAGGUGGAACGAGUGAUGGCAGCAACAGCAAUUGCCAGACUGUGGAAUCGGCCUACAAGCAACUGCAAGACAGCCCAGACUUCAAAGCACUCUGUGAAGCCGUUGCAAAGAACUGUUCUCAGUUUGACAACUUCAGCGUAGUCAACUGUCUCUAUGCACUGGCAACUCUUGGGAUGCAGGGCAAUGCAGAUGUUGUGCGCACUUUGGAGCAAGAGGCCCAUUCCCGAUUGGCCCACUUCAACCAAAAGGAUGUUUCCAUGCUGUUCAGUAGUGUAAUGAAGCUGCAUCCUAUGAGUCCACACAACCACCCCCUGGUAGAGCCCUGCCUUAACAGUUUGGAGCGCAACAUCGAGCGGGAGCGCCAUCCUCAAACGCUAUUCUUGUUGCUGUCAUAUUACCGCAUGCUCACAACAGCCAGUGAGCCAGAAGCAGGAGAGUCGAUGCUGGCAAAUGCCCCAGCGGCAUUAGAAAAUGCUACCUCAAAGGUAUCCGAAAUGUCAGAGGCGACGAUGGGUGGGAUCUGUGCACAAAUUGGUGCUGCUUCCAUGGUGGCAACAGGUCCUUGCACUUCGGCAGAAAAAGGAGCUGGUUUUGCAGUGGAAGAUGGGAUGGUUUCUGCUAAAAUGAACGGAGGUCAAGACGAGCAAGUAGACAAACGCGUGAACCUGGAAAGGAAGGUACUGCGCUUGGUGAAGCACACCUUGAGCCAUGUAGGCAACGUGCGCGAGCAUGAGCUAGUGCUGCUUGACGAAAUGCUGUCCAUCUGUGUGGCCCAGGCCUCCAACAAAUCCCUCGAGCUCAUCUUUAGCUCGCAGCUCUUCUAUGAGAACAGACAGGAAAAGUUCAUCAACAAGCUUGCAGAGGAGCUACCCAAGAAGGUGGACUCGAUGUCACCUCACACCAUGGCCAUCAUUGCCAAGUACCUGGCCCGGCAUCGCCUGAGGGAGCCCAGGCUCCUUGACACCAUCGCUCACUUCCUCAUCAACAAGGCCGAGAUGCUUGACACCAAGGUGCUGCAGAAACUCGUGUUCCCUUUCAGCCGGAUGAACUACAAGCCCCCAAGUGAGCGGAAGCUCGUGGAGAGGCUAGAGGCCGUUCUAGCGCAAAAAGCACUGCACUCGCCACUCGCGACGGUCAACAUCAUCAUGUCUAUGGUGCAACUCAACCACUUCCCAGCUGCCAGCCUCGGCAAAGUCUUCUCACCACCCUUCUUGCGCAUUAUCAUGAACAGCCCUUAUGGGGUGAUAGUGCGGCGAUACCUCUCUCUGCUGGAUGCAGCCAUCGCUCUGGAGUGUCCCAGCUACAGUGGGCCCCGGCUGCCUGACCAGUACAAGGUCACAAUGUUUGACCAUGCUCUGACAGCAGAUGAAGUAAACAGGAAGUACAGCUACAAGGGAUUUGUGGCGGAGGCCCUGCGACAGCUUGUGGGAGCACAGUGCUUCAAGCAGGAUGAAGUCCUCCCUCCAGGAUACUACACUGACUUCUUGCUUUUUAUGGACGAUCAGAAGAGACUACUGCCAACCGAUGGAAACAGUAAUCUAGGAAUGCAUGGCUUAAUUCAUCCCUUUCUACCGAACACAAGAUCAGACGUCAAGCAUCAAACACAGAUGGAUGCACUGACAGCCGACCUACAUGCAUUUUCUCCCUUUCAGUGUGAAAAAAUAACAAAGAGAAACUUCAAGUCGGAGCUACACAAUCCCAAAUUGCAGUCGCCUCACAACUCUGCCUAUUGUCAAUCAGCACACACUUUCUUAGGCCAGGGUGGGCAUCAUGCACACAACCAUCCAGUAAACACCUGCAACAGUGCAGCAGCCAGCAUAGCUGCAGUCAGGACUUUAGCACCCAACUUUUCUGCUGCGAGCAGUCUCCAACUUCAGCAUUCACGUUCCAGCACUGGUGGUCGAGUUCCCAUAACAGACAGUCCUCAGGCUUAUCUGUCACCUGCCACACAGGGCAGGGGCUCUUACCCCUAUAGCCAACAGCACCUCCAGAUCAAUGAUCAGUCUCAAGUGGGCUCCGUGGCAUCCAUCAUGGGAAACUCGGAAAGUUCAAAUAGAGAUCCUCAUGAGGCUGGACAGGGUGUGCCGAGUGAUCACUCAGGGGGCAGGGUUCCAGUGGCCUCGGUCGCUGCACAAAGUAGCCAUCCAUGCGAGAUGAUGCAGCAGAUGGCAGCAGUGACGUCCGACUUUCAUCAGGACCAUCGCAUGCCCCAGGGACAUAUAGCCACACUAUGCUCAUCAACAGAUGGCCAAGGGAACGUCAUCUCAUCAGCUUACUUCCACUUCUAUCAAGAAGGGAUGCUGCAGCACAGUGCAAUCCAGGCAGAUGAGUCUGAUGUGUACAGCCCCCAGGAAUCAAUCCGCCGGUUCUACGAGUCACCGUUUUACACGGAGCGAUUUGUAACGGACACAGAGCCCGACACCAAUCUCAGAGCUGGUGGACACCUGCAGCAGACUCUCGGAAACCCAGCACGGGUGGACAAUGACUCACCAAGUUCAGCAGUGGAAAACGCAGAAAAGAUACAUAGGAUAGUGAUGUCUGUUAACGACAAGUGGCACUACUGUCACAGCUCUGAUGUUUUGGUUGGCUCACGGGCCAUGCGGGACCGGCAUCUCCGCUUGCUGGGUUACCACAUUGUCCAGCUGCCAUACCAUGACCUGGAGAAGUUGAAUGGGAUCGAGGAAGUGAAGAAGUACCUACAACGCAAGCUCAACGAGUUGGAGGGACUGUAGCAUGGUUGGUGGUGGGGUUGGGAUCUGGGUGCCAGGGUGGAAGGGGGGAGAUAUUGCAUAAAGUGUUAUACUGGGUGGGGGGUGAAGAGUAGAGUAUAUCCCAAUUGGGAGUAUUGCAUGAACAAAAAAGUAUCAAAUGAUUCACUGUUGAAUUAACUUAUUUUAUUACCAUUUUGAAUGAAAAAAGAUUUCUGAAUGUGUAAAUGUUACAUUUGGUAAAAUUGGCACCGUCUUGUUUUAUUCACAAAGACAAUCUUUCCAUCUGCUCAUGCAGAACCUGGCCAAUGCUUUCUUGCAGCCUCAAAGUGUGAAGCACUGCAAAUACCUUGUUCGGAGAACAUUCAGUUUAGAAGCUGCUUCUUUCUGCAUGAAGGAAUUUAUAAUGUUAUCAGUAAGUUGCCUUAUCACCAGCAUAUGCAUACUAAGUGUUGUGAACAAAUAUUUGCAUUUGUUCCAUGGGUCAUAACAAAAUUAACAAUAAUUAAAGUUCACUUUGGGAUUUGUUUUAACACUAAAAAUGUACAUUUUACAUCUGAGGCCCUAAUAUAUUCUGCAGAAAAUUACAUGAAUUGCUUGAGGCCUGUGGCAACCAUGCAUAAUCUACUGAAGAUGUCAAUACCAUUUUAUUGAAUACAUUUUACAACAGCAUCAACAAAAUGCAAACUAAUGGUGUUAAUGCACAUGACAAAAAUAGCCAACGAAGAGAUUUAACCAAAACCAUGCCACUGAACUGACAUAAGAAAACUUAUGAGCUGCUAUUUUUGCAUUCAUGCAAUCAGUGGUCAUUUUGUAAAGGGUGGAAUGCAAGUUCGUUUUAACUCUAAUUGAGUUUGACUGAAGGUAUCAUCGGUUAAAUAUGCUGCUGUACCUAUACGGUCAGUAGCAUUUACAAGUUAACAUGGUUAAGGGUACGAUAUUUUUCAAGAACAUAUGGUAUGUUGUAUGUGCAGUUGGCAUGUGUGAUUCCUGUGAGAUGUGUAGCCUUUGCACUGCUGCAGUUAAGAAAACUAUUUGGUUUACCGUUUUAACAGCGGUUGAGGGGGCUUAGAUGGUUAAAUUGGGUAUUUAACAGGGGACUGACUGUUCUGGGUGUUAAUUUAAAUAAAAAUAUAAAGUUCAA